CAUGGUUUUGAAAGUUUGCGAAGGUACGUCAUUUACUGCUGAAGUGUCAAACUUGAUGGAAGUAUGAAUGAUACCUCUCACAAAUUUCUCAAUGUUACUGAUGGUUGCACAGAAUGUUCUAAUUUUUCUGGAGAAUCGGGAGAUGAUGUGGUCAGAGAUUUCAAAAAAUUGGACAUAACGACCCCAGAUGAUGAUGAUGAGGACUUUAAUGAAGCAACACAAACUAUAGUGAAUCAUUCUCAUGAAAAUGCCAUGAAAAAUGAGAUCUCUGCUCCGUACGAGUUACCACAUUUUCCUAUUGAAGUCUAUGAAACAAGAAAGGCAAUACAAAAGAAACUCUGUCCCAGGGUGCAGAAGGAAUUGGAAGAGAAGAAAAGUAUCCUCGGAACAGAACCAGAUGAAGAUUUCUUGUCCCAAAUAAAUGAGUUUGAUUAUGUGCCACAUUAUCAAAGAGUUGCUGUUAGUGGAGAAGACACUUCUGGGGUUCCACCAGAAGAUCUUAAACAAGCUGCUCAAUUGAUUCAAGAAGCCUUGAAGUUACGUCAACAGUACAUGCAUUAUGCCAAGCAGUCAUUCCCCUCUGUAACUGCAAGAUUCUUAAAACCUUUGUCACCUGAACAACUUUCUAGUCCCGUUGAUAGUUUUCAAGAUUUUGUUGUAGAUGAAAAAGAUCCUUGGAAAGCUGAUUUUCCAGAAGACCUCAAUUAUGUUCUCAAUACAGAGGAGGGAGUAAUACAAGUGUACAGAACGAAGGAAGAUGUAGAAGAUGGGAGACGCCUUGAUUACUCAUUUCCAUCUUUGACCACUUUUGUGAAGGACAUGCAUUUAAUUUGUGCAAUGAUUACAGAUGGACCUCUGAAGUCCUUCUGCUAUAGACGUUUGAGUUACUUGUAUUUAAAGUAUCAACUUCAUGUACUACUGAAUGAAAUGACAGAGCUUACAGCUCAAAAAGCUGUUCCACAUCGAGAUUUUUACAACAUAAGAAAGGUUGAUACUCAUGUUCAUGCUGCAUCUUGUAUGAACCAGAAGCAUCUGUUACGUUUUAUUAAAAGAACCAUGAAAAAGUAUGCACAUGAAGUUGUAUGCUCGACAAAAGGAAAAGCGCUAACUUUGUGUAAGUGGAUGAAAUCCGAUACAGAAGUGACUGAAAUCAUGACAUCUCAAGUGUUUGAAUCUCUGAAUUUGACUGCUUAUGAUCUCAGUGUUGAUGUUUUGGAUGUCCAUGCUGAUAGAAAUACAUUUCACAGAUUUGACAAAUUCAAUGCAAAAUACAAUCCUAUUGGAGAAAGUCGAUUGCGGGAAAUCUUUUUGAAGACUGAUAAUUAUGUUGAAGGGAAGUACUUUGCUCAUAUACUUAAAGAAGUCCUUAGUGAUUUAGAGGAGAGCAAAUAUCAGAAUGCCGAACUGCGUCUAUCUAUUUAUGGUCGCAACAGAGAAGAGUGGGACCAUCUUGCCCAAUGGGCGGUAAAACAUAAUGUGUUCUCCAACAACAACAGAUGGGUUAUUCAAAUACCUCGCUUAUAUGAUAUCUAUAAGUCUAACAAGUUGGUGAAGAACUUCCAGGAGAUAUUGGAGAAUAUUUUCAUGCCUUUAUUUGAAGUGACAAACAAUCCCAAAAGUCAUCCAGAACUUUAUAUGUUUUUAAAAUAUGUGACAGGAUUUGAUUCUGUUGAUGACGAAUCAAAGCCAGAGAAUCCAAUGUUUGAUAAAGAUGUCACUCUUCCUUCAGCGUGGGAUGAAGAAGACAAUCCUGCUUACAAUUACUAUUUGUAUUAUACUUAUGCCAAUAUGUGUGUUUUAAAUUGCUUCAGAAAGGAAAGAAAAAUGAAUACUUUUGUACUUCGACCACAUUGUGGUGAAGCUGGUCCUGUUCAGCAUUUAGUUGGAGGUUUUCUUUUGAGUGAGAAUAUUUCUCAUGGUUUACUUUUAAGAAAGGUCCCGGUGUUACAGUAUUUGUACUACCUUUCGCAAAUAGGCAUUGCCAUGUCUCCAUUGAGUAAUAACUCUUUAUUUUUAAACUAUCAUCGAAAUCCUUUGCCUGAAUAUCUUAGCAGAGGAUUAUGCAUUUCCUUGUCAACAGACGAUCCUCUGCAGUUUCAUUUUACAAAAGAGCCUUUAAUGGAAGAGUACAGCAUAGCUGCACAAGUCUGGAAACUCAGCAGUUGUGACAUGUGUGAAUUGGCUAGAAACAGUGUUCUAAUGAGCGGUUUCCCACUUUCAGUUAAAAAACAUUGGCUAGGACCAAAUUGCAUGAAAGAAGGAAUAGCAGGCAACGAUAUAACUCGCACAAACGUACCAGAUAUCCGUGUGGCUUAUCGCUCUGAAACUUUGCUGGAAGAACUUUCAACGAUAUUUAGUGCUCUUACUACUAAUGAUGAUGCAUCUUCAUCUGUUUUGUCAGUGAAAUAAAUAAGUACUUAUUUACUUAAGUGUAAAAAUAUAAAGAAUUAUGAUACCUCUUUCAUUAAAAAUAGGUUUAUUUUAUUCAAACUGUGUGAAAAUGUGCUUAUAGUAAACAUCUUUUUCAGUACUUAAAGAUGAAUUGAAAACCAAUUUCAAUUCAGAUUAAGAGCAAAGUGAAGUAUUUUACAUAAAUAACAGAUAUGCUUAAAAUAAUUCAACAGGGUUGCCACGAAAGUUCAAGAAUGAAAUUCCCUGACAUUUCCAGGUGGUUUUGAGAAAAAUUCCAGGUUAUUUGAUGACCACUUUCUUUUUGCAACAUUAACAUAUACAUCUCAAAUUUUGAUAAAACUUACCUCUUUUUCAAACUUUACAAACAAUGGUUGCCAAAUUUAAUUUACUCAAGCUGAAAGAAUCAAAAAUAUGUACUAACAAAAGUGAAACAAAUCCCUAUGAUAAAGAAUUAUGAAAUAAUGUAAAUGUAGCACAUAUUCUUUUCAAUCCAUCCCGAGGAGCCGCUGCCUAACAUCAAGUGGAAGGAAGGGCCAAAUAAGCAAUUGUGACAUCUGUAUCACAAAAAAAUAAAGUUAAUUGCUGAUAAUAGCCUGAACUAAAAACUUAUGAAAUCGAAACUUUUCCAAUUAUUGCCCCACCCCUCCCCCAGUCCAGUACAUUCACUGCACUUAUAGACUUUGGCCUGAGAAAAAAAUCAGCAUCUUUUAGCUCGACGUAUUUCCUCUAUUUGUUGCUUAUAAAGCAGGGUUGCCCACCCCUAAUAUUUCCGAACCCCUUUGCGCUUUUUUUAUUUUUAACCCUUUUUUUUUAAUACUUUUUAUUUACCUAUUUAUUUUUGAUUAUUAUUAUUUUAAAAGUAAAGUUCUGCACUCCACUAACGAAAUACACACACAAAAUAAAUAAAGUAAAAUAAAAUAAGUAAUUAAAAAAAAAAAUAAAUCAAUAAAUGAAUUUGAAUCAAUAAACAAAUUUAAGUAAAUGAAAAAUCCCCCUAAAAACUUUGAUGGUGCAGCUUGCGCUGUAAUUCCCCUGUGGACACCCCUGUCAUAACGUAAAAUUUUGAGCAAUGAUUGCAAAAUUCUCUAUGUGCAGAUUUUUAUUUUUAAAUUGGAUUACUUUUUAUUUUGAAAGAAAGAAGCACAUUGGAACAGUCAUUAAAGAUCACUACCAAAAUACUAAAAGAUUAACGAUACUCCUGUAAAAAGGAAACUUUCUAAAUUUAAAUUGUCUGAGCUAAAUUUACAGAACAAAACUGUUUAGAGGAAAACGAUUUCAUAAAUUAAAUUUAAAGAAAUAAUAUAAAACAUGAAAAGAUUAUUGCAGCUCAUUAAGAACUUCUGACCCACCACUCACAGACAAAACAAUCUGCAGACUCGCAGACAAAACAAUCUGGCGUACUCAGCCAUGGUGCGCCAAUAACAGAGAGUUGAUAAAAAGAACUUCAAGGGGAAGGAGAAAGUCGGAACUACAAAACGAGGAAUGGCAGCAGGAAAGAUAAGGAGGAAAGAAAUUAUUCUUAACAUUACAUAUAAUGCUGCACUAACUAAGAGCUAGCUAAGAAUAAUCGGAAAGUAAAACAAAAUCCCCUGACAUUUCCAGAAAUGUAUUAUUUUUCAUUUCCCCCGCCCAUUUUCGGCCAUUUCAUUUUCCCCGACAAUUCCAGGUUUUCCCGGUGCGUGGCAACUCCUGUUCAAUUGCAAAAAAUGCUCAAAAUUUUUAAUUGUUUGUGAUAACAUAAUGACAUGAAUAUGAUACUUGUUAAAAUUUGUUCAGAAUUUAUAUUUUAUAGCUAAAAGAAAACAGAUUAUCUCAUCAGUUUGUAAAGAUUUUGUAGAAAGUAUACAAAAGGGAUCUCUAUAUACAACUUAAAUAUACAUUUUACACGUUUGAAAUAUCUUCAAACUAAAUAAAAUUAGAAAAAUGUUUGCAAUGUUUUUUUUUUUUUUUUUUUCAAUUCAACAAUUUUGAAGUUGAUAAAUUCAAGCUGAGAACCCUCAGUCAUUUUAUGUCAUUGAAAAUAUGUCAAGCAAAAAUUGUUUUUUAAAGAACUCAAUUUGCGUAAACAUUAUUUAGAAUUUGCAAUACUUUUGUUCAAAUACAGACAAACAGGUAGAAUUAUAAUUUUAUCUCAUUGAAGUUAUUUUGCAACUCAUCAUUACCAAAUCUCAACAUUUAUUUUCAAUUAAAUUUUCAAAUUCAAACUGCAUUAAAUUAAAAUUUAGUUUAGUAGGUGUAUAAAAUUUUAAAAAAGCUAUUAAUAUGAGUUUAAGUGUUCACAAUAUACACAUUUUAUAAGAGAAAAAAAUCUGAAAAUUUAUUAAUUUCCAAAAAGUUCAAUUUGAUUUUUCUUUUGGUUUUAAGCUUAAAACCUCGCUUAGUAAAAAUCCUUAAUGUUUCCUAUUUAAUUCAUGAAGCUAGUUGGAAUUAUAAAGACGGUAGCAACUAUAUAUUACUUUGAUUUAGAAGCUUUGAAAUAUGAGCUGAUUAAUAUGUUGUACUAACUAAAUACUCAUGUACCAGUGUUGAAUUUUGAGCAUCAAGUUCAAUAUUGAUAGUUGCCAUACUGACAUGAGUUAUUUAAAACUAUUUACUAACUGCAGUUUAGUUUGAAUGCAUACAAACUCAAGUCCUGACAUGUAUAUAUUUUAUGGGGGGAAACAAGUUUAGAAGACCGAAAUUUUAGUUUUUCGUGAUUUUUUUUAACAGGGAAGGAUUAAUCUGAAUUUGUUCAAGCUUACAGGAUAUUUUAUUCAUCUUUUGAAGUACACUGUAAUUUUUUCAAGUAAUUUCCACUAGAAAUAGUGGAGUUAGAGACUUGUCCAUGGGGGGUCCCCAUCAAAGCUUAUUGCUGGUGGGCAUUACCGAAGCCAAUUUUUAUCUGUAAUCAUUGCAAUUUUCUUUUUCGUUAACAACAUAUUUCCUAAGAAUGUGAACCUAUUUGUUACCAAACAAGUUGAAAAUUCCAUAUUUUUGAGGUGUUUGAUUACAAUGUCAUGUUUUUCUACUUUUUUUGCACAUUCCUUGCAUUAAAAAAAUAUUUUUAAUUAUAAUAUCAUCCCAGAGUUAGGUUCAUAUAGAUUUAAAGAAUAUUUACACAAAUUUUCAGAACAAUUGGUGAACUCUUCGAGCUAGAAUGCCCACCAGUUAAAAAAAAAAAGUUGGUUCGAGAAAAAAUAGUUUGGAAAAAGUGUGUGAACGUUUUUUCAAAUCUCCACAGCCAUUUAAGUGCUCACAGCAUCAGAACUAAUCUUGAAUUUUCCACUGAAAUUUUGGCAACAUGUUCUUGAAAAAUUUCACUAACAUUUUAUGACAUUUAAAAAAAAUGAUUUUUUGGCCCGACUAAACUGGUUUCCUGCCUGAAUUAGUUAUAAAAAUAUCACUUGGGAGUACUUCUUUAUUGUUACUAGAUAUUGCAGUUUUUCUGGAAAAACUGCAGAUUAUGAUUUUUAAAAAUACUAAUACUCUGUUUUUAACUUAUUGUUUGAUGGCUCAGUUCAAUAUGUCAUAGUAUGCAAGAUUAAUUUGAUGCCAAAGACAAUGCAUUUAUUUAUUAUGCUACUUUUUUUUCAUUUUAUAUCAUGAAUAUGCAUGUUGAUCAUUUUUUUAAUAAUGUUUUUGUAAUUGUAAACCACUUAAAAUACUGUUUUUCCCUCUUCCUAUAAAAAAAAGAAUAUGCUAGUAACAGCUAAAAACUUUAAAUAGCUGCUUAAUUUACUUUUUUAUUCAAAUAUUUGUAAAAAUGUUUUUUAUAUUUACCAACUAUUGUGCAUGUUUAAUAAAGUAUAUCUUGUUGGUAAAAGCUUUAUUUGAAUAAUAUUUAUUUGUAAAUGAUUUGCAAAUGAAAUUAAAUUAUUGAAAAUAUUAAUGGAUUUUUUUCUUUUGUUAAGAAUUGAAUAUAAAUGCACAAAAAAACUGAAUAAAUGGAAAUUUGAACAGAAGGCAAAACUCAAAAUGAGAGUAAGAUUGAUCUGUUAGUAAAAAUCAAGUUUUUCUCUAAUUAGAUUGCAUAAUUUGGUUAAAUUGUUUCUUUAUUAUGUAUAAAAGUGUUGUACUUACCAAGCAUUCAAAAUGAAUAUUUUAAAGCUGAAGGGUUUUUUUUUUCUUUCUUUUGACG